AUGUUCGCCCUCAACGUCCUCGUCGGCCUUCUCGCCGCCGCCACCGUCUCCUCCUCGCCUAUUGCCGAGGACACUGCCCUCGCAGCCCGCCAGACCACCUGGACAUGCCCUGACAUCGGCAAAAGCACUUGGGGCGGCGCACCGUUGAUCACCGCACCUGACGCCAAGAACAGCCGCUGCUGCGUAACGGGAUGGUCCUAUGUGUGGGGCGAGGGGCGCGAGAUCUGCUGCCGCAACGACCCGGCCCUGCUCGAGGAUCCGACUUACAAGUACGCGCUGCCCUGCACCAGCGAGUUUUGGACUUCGGGAGGCCCUAAGAUUGCCCUGCUGCGGAGUUGCAACAUCGAGGACCCCAAGAACUUCCGCUGCAGCGCCGAAUGUGACGGCGUCCCCUGGUUGUACCCUACCACCAAGCCCUGCCCGGCCAAGAACUAAGGGAUUCCGCCUGCCGACGACCGCCAUCCUCGGCUGUACCGCGAUGCUAGGACUUUUCUGGUUAAGAAAUAGGGUGCUAUGGUAGCUUUCGAAGUGUUGUUGUGUUGGCUUCUUUGUUUAAUCUUGGAUUUGUACAUACAGCUUGUCAGGAGGGGUCGAAUAGUUUAAGGAGAAAAUACAUCUGUUGCGGUGC